GCCCGCGACCGCUUCCUGGCACUCAGCGAUGCCGACUUCGAGCUGCUGUCCGCCACGCUGGCCGCCAGCGACAAGCACAGCCUGCGGCAGUCGCCCUUCCUGCUCCAUCAGCAGCUGGGCACGUUCUUUGAGAUCAAGACGGUCAAGUCUGCGCAAGCGAAGGCGGACGAAGCUUGCAAGUGGCUGCAGCAAGCCAAGGUGGACUACGAGAAGAAGCAGAAGCUGGCUGCUGAGGCGCUCCAGGCUUCUUUCAUGCAGAAGGAGAAGGUCGCGCAGCUACAGGUCGAGCUGGACUCCGCCGCCUCCAGGGCCAAGGCCGCGCUCGCCAACGACACCGCGCCCACGCAUGGCGCCGCGCCCAAGUGCGACGUUGGCGAACUCAUCGGCCACGCACAGAAUCUCGAGGGCGUCGUGGGUGCGUCCCUGGAGAUCCCCAACCUCCAGCUCAGCGAGGACCUGCCGGGCCCCCUUCCGCGCUGCUGGCAGGAGUAUUGGCAGCUCAUUCCUGAACCAGUCGCAGCGGGCGGUGGCGCCGCGGGCGCCCCAGCAAGCGGCUGUGGGGCUGCAGCUGGGGCUGCCGCUGCGGACGUCGCCGCUGGCGACGGCUUCGACGUGGACCUCGUAGGGGGCCCGCUGGAGUUUGCCACGGGUGACGCGUUCCAGGCCGCCGCCUCGGAUUUCGUCGGCUCCGACCCCGCGAAGCGGGAGUCCGUCGAGGAUUUCCAGUCCUGGAGCAUCGCGCCGCUGAGAAUGAAAUCUUAUUCGAACGUCGACAGGUGUCUCAUCGAGGACCGGGUCGGCUGCGACGUCAUAUCAGCCGCGGUGCCGUCGUUGGCUGGAUGGCUGGCGACGGGGGGGCUGCUCGCGCGUGUGCGCAGCGAGCAUGGGCUUGCCGCCGUGCUGGGGUCACGCCCGUUCGUCCCACGCGAGGGGCGCGUGCGCGUCUACAUCACUCUGGGCCACUGCGCGGUGACAUCGUGCUGGCUAACAUGCACCUGCAGUCAGGCGCUGGCGUCAACGCGUUCAACUACCAGGCCCUCGCUGAAAGACCUGGCCUGCAGGCUGCGGGAGCAUGGUCGCCCGUGCGCGGUCGGGGGCGACUUCGACUGCGCCGAGCAGGAGCUGGCGAAGUUGGGCGCGCAGAGGCUCUUCGACGCCGUCGUCGCGGACACGUCGGAGCCCGCCUGCGCGCAGUCGAAGAGGACGAUCGAUCUGUUCAUCGUCUCGCGAGGACUCAAGGUGACCGACAUCCGAGUGGUCAGCGGGUCACCUGUCUACCCGCGCAAGCUCGUCAUCUUGGAGCUGGAGGCCUCGCGCCGAAAGCCACGGGUCAGGGUCGCGGAGGUGCCCGAGCCCUUCCCUGCCCAGCGGCCCGCGCGUUGCGAUCGCCAUGCGUACGGCGAGCGCUGGAGCGAGAUCGGCCAAGAACUUCAGGGCUUGCUUGCUGGCGGGCAGGAGAGGGUGCUGGACCAGGUCGAGCGCGACAGCAGCACCAGGGGCCACCUCACCAUUGCUUGGCAGCGCUUCCUCGACGCCGCCGAGGAUGAGUGGAUCGACAUCUACCUGGCGGAGUGUGACAGGGCGACCUGGGCGCACAGCGUGGCCAGCGCGCUGCUCGACGUCGCCGCCGGGGAGCAGCCGCGCGCGCGUCUCGGCGCUUUUCGAGGUUCUGAGUUUCUGUCUUGCCCGCAGGUGUUGCCUCAAGCCGUAGAUUGGUGGAUGCUGCUCAGCAGCUUGCCUCUGCCCCUGCUGGGCCCUGUCGCGCUGCAGCAGCUCCACGCGGGCGCGCGCGCGAUCGCGCUCGAGCUGGCGGAGCGGGACAUGGCGCAGCGGACCGCCCAGUUCCAGCAGCGGGUCAAGAAGCAGGCCAGAGGUGGAGGUGGCGGUCUUCGCGCAGCCCCCCUUCUGCCCAUCGGGUUCGACCCGAGCCCCAUCGGCGAAGCUGAGAACGACGGCGGCCUCGGCGACUGCAGGCAGCUGUUCGAUCCCAUGGACCUCGGGCAGCAGGUGACGCAGCCCGAGGUAGAGUGGAGUCGCUGGUGGAGGACAUCCUGCGAGCACGUGCGAUUGCACUGGCCCUCGGGCCUGGGCGAGGGGCCGCCGAGGCCCUCAGUCCAGGAACUGCGCGAGGUGCUGCGCUCCUUCAGGGCCACCACGGGCAUGUCCUUCUGUGCCGUGAGGCCGCGCCAGCUUGAUGAGAUAUGCGACGAGGCGUCGGAGGUCCUCACCGACAUCCCCACGGCGAUCGAGCGCGGCGCCGCUUGGCCUCGCCCGCAAGUGGGAGGAGGCAAACGAUCACCCAUGCCGGCGGGCGACGGGGCCCCAUGGCAUCAAACUGCGAUCGGAGAGUGGGCCACGCAGCGGGGCGCUGACCGCGGCGACGCCGAGUCCUGGGCGGCGGUCGCCGCGCUGCUCGACCUGCUCAAGGCGCCUGAGCUACACUGCGUGCCGGCGGCCCUCUGCAUGGGCAGCGCUGCCUCGAGCGUGGUCGAGGCGAGGCAGUCCAUCCUGCCUGGUGACGGCUUCGCGACCUCGCUGCUGAAGCUCAUUCUGAUCGGGCCGCUCUACCGCCUGGUCAUCCAGCGCCCGACCGCGUCGCUGGCGGCGGUCGUGGACGACCUCAUGCUCCAUCGAGUCGGCGGGCUCGCGCGGGUGACGAAGGGGGUUGCUGAGGCAGCCUUCAAGCUCAAGACGCUACUCAUGGAUGUGGACCUUGACGUGGCGGUCAAGAA